GAUGGGGAAGUCAGAGUUCGAAAGUACAUAUACAUCAUAGCACAUGGCUUCAUUUUCCCGGCCACAACUUACGCUGGAUACUGACUUUUAUCCUCUUGUUUGUGCUGGUGUGUGAAAUUGCAGAGGGCAUAGUUUCUGAUGGGGUUUCAGAAUCGCGCCAUUUACACCUGUACAUGCCGGCUGGGAUGGCAUUCUUGGCGGCCAUCACAUCGGUUGUCUAUUACCAUAAUAUCGAAACAUCCAAUUUCCCGAAGUUGUUAAUAGCAUUACUCUUCUACUGGACUUUAGCUUUCAUAACUAAAACGAUCAAGUUUGUAAAGUUCUGCGAUAAUGGGGUUGGAUUUUCUCAGCUUCGGUUUUGCCUCACAGGACUCCUGGUUGUUCUAUAUGGAAUGCUACUAGCUGUAGAAAUCAAUGUCAUCAGGGUGAGGAGGUAUGUUUUCUUCAAAACUCCUAAAGAAGUUAAACCUCCUGAGGAUCUCCAGGACCUGGGCGUUCGAUUCCUACAGCCGUUUGUGAAUCUGUUAUCCAAAGGAACGUACUGGUGGAUGAAUACAUUCAUCAAGACCGCCCAUAAAAAACCAAUAGACCUGAAAACCAUAGGCAAGCUUCCCAUUGCUAUGAGAGCUCUGACCAAUUACAUUCGCCUUAAUGAGGCCUUUGAAGCACAGAAGAACAAAAGGUCAUCAUCUCCACAAGGCUCCAGAUCAAUUUGGCGUGCUCUCUGCUGUGCUUUUGGAAGACCCUUACUUCUCAGUAGUACAUUCCGUAUUCUGGCUGACUUGCUUGGAUUUGCUGGUCCGCUCUGCAUCUCUGGGAUUGUUCACAAUGUCGGAAAAGGAAACAACACCAUCCGCCCACAGACUAAAAUUCUUGGUGUUUUCUUUAUUUCAUCUCAAGAGUUCCUGUCCAAUGCUUAUGUUUUGGCUGUACUCUUAUUUUUUGCCCUUCUGUUGCAAAGGACGUUUCUCCAAGCAUCGUACUAUGUUGCUAUUGAAACAGGAAUCAACUUGAGAGGCGCAAUACAGACAAAAAUAUACAAUAAAAUUAUGCAGCUUUCAACUUCUAACAUGUCUAUGGGAGAGAUGACUGCAGGCCAGAUCUGUAACUUGGUUGCCAUAGACACAAAUCAGCUGAUGUGGUUCUUUUUCCUCUGCCCUAACCUUUGGGCUAUGCCAGUACAGAUAAUUGUAGGAGUUCUUCUGCUCUACUACCUUCUUGGAAUCAGUGCCUUAAUUGGAGCAGCAGUAAUCAUUGUCCUUGCACCUGUCCAGUACUUCGUAGCAACAAAACUAUCUCAGGCCCAGAGAAGUACAUUGGAGUACUCCAAUGAGAGGCUGAAGAAGACGAAUGAGAUGCUUCGAGGCAUUAAGCUCCUCAAACUCUAUGCUUGGGAACACAUCUUUCACAGCAGUGUAGAGGAAACCAGACAAAAAGAAAUGACUAGCCUCAAGUCUUUUGCCCUUUAUACCUCCAUAUCCAUCUUUAUGAAUGCAGCAAUACCAAUUGCAGCCGUACUUAUAACAUUUGUGGUCCAUGCUCAUCUGACAACAAAGGCUGACUUCUCCCCAUCCGUGGCAUUUGCCUCCAUCUCCCUGUUUCAUAUUCUUGUGUCUCCAUUGUUCCUGCUCUCUAGUGUGGUUAGAUCCACUGUCAAAGCAUUAGUAAGUGUACAGAAACUGAGUGAAUUCCUGUCAAGUGAAGAAAUUGGAGAAGAGCAUGAUAAAUCGUCAGAGCUAAGAAGUGCAGAUAAUCACAGCAAAUACCAGGCAGUGCCACUCAAAGUUGUUAACCGCAAGAGGCCGGCCAGGGAGGACUGGAACAAUUACAGCUCACACAUGAGAAGACCCAUUAACAUCGCAGAAGCAGAUGAUUUUUGUGUAAAGAUCACAAAUGGAUUUUUCACUUGGACACCUGAAGGUCCUCCAGCAUUGUCCAGCAUAGAUAUCCGAAUCCCUCAAGGUCAGCUAACAAUGAUUGUAGGACAGGUUGGCUGCGGGAAGUCAUCUCUCUUGCUAGCCAUACUUGGUGAGAUGCAGAAGAUCUCUGGCAACGUAUUCUGGAGCAGCUGUACUUCUGACAGUGAGACGGGGGAAGAUGUCAGCCCAGAGAAAGAAUCUCCUGUUGACACGGAAUUCAGGAAAAGAGGAUCAGUAGCAUAUGCAUCACAGAAGCCUUGGUUGCUCAAUGCCACAGUGGAAGAGAACAUCACAUUUGAAAGCCCUUUUAACAAGCAGAGGUACAAAGCAGUAAUUGAUGCUUGUUCCCUCCAGCCUGAUAUUGACAUUCUCCCUCAUGGAGACCAAACCCAGAUUGGAGAGAGGGGUAUUAAUCUGUCUGGAGGGCAGCGCCAACGUAUCAGUGUGGCAAGAGCACUUUACCAGCAGACAAAUGUUGUGUUCCUGGAUGAUCCAUUUUCUGCUCUGGAUAUCCACCUAAGUGACCAUCUCAUGCAAGAAGGGAUCCUGAAAAUGCUGCGGGAGGACAAGCGGACCAUUGUGCUAGUAACUCACAAGCUGCAGUACUUGCCCCACGCUGACUGG